AUGAGGCUCUCGAAAUUCACGCUUCUUCUAAUUUUUUCAACAAUUAUUCUGAUAUGUUUAUGUGUUUUUCAACAUCAAUCAAAUUCCCAUUAUAUCUGCUCCCGAAAAGUUCCUCAACUUCAAAAUAAAAAUGUUUCAUCAAAAUUAAACAUCGGAAUUGUGAUUGUUUUGAAUCGAAAUUCGACGAGAGAAGAUUAUAGAAUUGCAUUGGAUACAGUUGAAUGUUAUGCAAAAAUUCAAAAUUAUCAAUUUUUAUAUUUGAAUGAGACUGAUUUUGAUGAUCGUUGUAAACAACCUGAUGUAAGUUCUCAACGGAUUUUCUAGAUAUAAAUUUCGAAAAAUAUAUUUUCAGUAUUUAUUCCGUCGUCAUUGUAUUGUUGCUCAAGUUCUCCCGGAAUUUGAUGCAAUAGUAUUCCUUGAUGCUGAUAUUGGAGUUGUGAAUCCAAAUCGGAGAAUUGAAGAAUUUCUGGAUGACUCGAAAGAUAUUAUAUUUUAUGAUCGAUUUUUUAAUUGGGAAGUUGCGAUGGGUUCAUACAUUAUAAGGAAUACAAAAUAUGCGAAAGAUGCACUCAUGAAUUUUUCUGAUUAUAAUUAUAAGCUUCCAAACUGUUUUCAUGGGAAGGAUAAUGGAAUUUUGCAGCUUUUCCUUGCCGAAUUUCUAUUCCCACAAUCUCAAAUGCAAAUUGAAAAUUGUCAAAAAAUUUAUAAUAAAUCAAAAUCAUGGGAUGAUCUUUUCAUAUUUCAAGCUUGUAUUCGAGCGAUUAUGGGAACUUCAACAGAAUUCGGGAAAGUUCGGAUUAUGCAUAAAGGAAAAGCUUGGGUUCGAGAUAAUUGGUUGAGUAAUUCAAAAUGGAAUCCGGAAACUGAUUUUAUGUUUCAUGCUUGGAAAAUGAACGAACUUGAGAAGACACCAAAAAUUGUUCGAUUGGUUGAGAAUCGUUAUAAAUGGUAUAAUCCAUUAGCGGGAGAAAUUAAUUUGAAAAAAUGUGGACCAAAUAAUUCAACAUGGAACUAUGAUUCGAGAUUAUUCGAGGAUUCUCAUAAAAUUUUGGGAAAAUUAGAACAAAUUGAGAAAAGAAUUCAUUUUGAUUUUGUUAAAUCAAUUUCAAGAAUGACGGAAAUUCUUAAUCGAAAAUAA